AUGAUUUAUUCGUGGACACAAAAGGCAAGAAAUGAAUUAUUUCUUUGCGUCGAACUUGUCGAACAUCUCGUCGAUGGUGUAGCAGUAUCCCUCGUAGCAGACGGAUUCAUAGUCGCAUUGAGUGCUCGAAUGGCAACGACGUCCACGAGCGAUGACUGGAGACGUGAUGGCCAGAAGGCAGAAGACGAGGAGAGCCAGAAUAUUCAUUUGGAAUGA